GCCAGACGCGGCGCGUCCAGCCGAGCGCAGCCCUGCCCGGGGAGCCCCGGCCGGCCCGAGCCGCGCAGCGGCGGCGCGCAGGGCGCAGGGCGGGGAUGGGCAGCGGCCGGGGCGCGCGGCGGGGACACCUGUGACGGGACCCAACAGGUGCAUUGGCCCUUAUUGCCUGCCCUCUAGGCAGCACCACCCUAGAGCGGAUUGAAGUCACUCACCCACCCAUGCGCCGCAGGACCAGCGCCAUGAAUUCCCCUCAAGCCAUUAAAGAGACGGAGUUGGGGGCUACCUUAGCAAGAAAGCUCCAGAUGCCCUGAUGUUUGCCCUUUUCUGUAAAGAGCAGAUCUAUCGGAGACUGGCGAAUGCAGAGGCAGUGGCUGCGAAACCCCAGUAAGAGAAUGAGUGAAAGAGACAUACAAAGUUUGAGCAAAUGGGUAUUGGUGCUCACUCUCUGCCUUAUCACGCUAUGGGGAAGAUUGACACUGGCCUCAUCACAUCACAGAAGCCAUUCAGUGCACAUAGAGCCUGGCACGUGCGAAGUCAUCGCCGCCCACAGAUGCUGCAAUAAGAACAAGAUUGAAGAGCGCUCCCAGACGGUGAAAUGCUCCUGCUUCCCAGGGCAGGUGGCAGGGACGACUCGCGCGGCUCCCUCCUGCGUGGAUGCCUCCAUAGUCCUCCAGAAGUGGUGGUGUCAGAUGGAGCCGUGUCUAGAAAGGGAGGAGUGUAAGGUGCUGCCAGACUUGUCUGGAUGGAGCUGCAGUACUGGCAACAAAGUCAAGACGACCAAGGUCACCCGGUAGUUGCUGUGGAUCUCUUUCCUGAGGGUUUCUCUGGCCGGCGUCUGCGUUGCGGCGGCCAGCAUUGCGAAAUGGUACAAUAUCAUGUUCAUUCAGCUGCGGGAAGGUCCUGUCGCGUUCUGCGGAGCCGUGAACAGGACUUCCCGGCGAUGGCAGCAACGCAGCAGUGUUGGGAUAGGGUGGCUGUCCCUCUGAGCACUUUACUGUUCUGACUACACUGCAUCUGACAGCGGAUUCGUGCUCACUCCUUCUUGGAGCAGCACUGUGAGUUACAGAGAAGGGGACGGAUGCACCCCUCUGGCCUGGAAUACUGGGAAACCUCCCUUCUGGAAGUGAAAAGCCGUGCCAGCUCCUGGUUUAAUGCCACCUCUGAGGUACUGAAGCAGCGAUUGCUAUUGAGGCGAUAGUAAUGGGUUCUGAAUGCAGUUGCAAGACUCCCUUUCACUCCAUGUUUUCCCUCUGCAUCAGGGAUGCACAUGCCAAGAAAUUCUUGAGUCACGUAGAAUCUGUUGACAAUUACAAAGAGAAAAAAUGGCUUCCUUCCUUUCCUGCCGCAUAUUCAGAUAGGAUAAAAUAAUUGCCAGGAGAAUCAUAUUUUCCCCCAAGGUCUUGAAUAGGUGUCAUUGUCAGGGUUUUAGAAAUCAAUGUCUAAGUCUUCCCCAUCCUUGUUUCAUUGUUUUUUUAAUGAAGACUGGUUUCCAGGAAGAGUUCCUGCAGACUCGGGCCAGAUUCGAUCUAUCUUCCAUCGGCAUAAAACUGCAGUAACUCCACUGAAGUCAAUGGAGAUGCUCUGUCUUUGUCACAGGGUGAUUGAAAUCAGAAUCUGGCCUACUGUAUAACAGAAAUGACAGUGCAGACUGAAACAUCUGACGCUUUGCUGGAGACAUCUGACAUGAGACAAUAGACUCGCUGAGCAAAGCGAGGCUGGUUUUUCCUUGCUCAUUAAUUGCACUGAUCAGGCUGUUAGUUCCAAAUCUGAGCUCUGUGAUCCAAGUCAUUGGAGCCAAAUUACUGCUCAUGUUUGCAAUAGCAUUUCAGAGGAAUGCAGGGGGGCAAAUUUCUCUCUCUUUGGUCUGUUGUACCUGGUGCAGUUUCCAUUGUUAUCCAGAGAGAGAUUGAAAUGGCUUAGCUCCAUUAAUUCAAAAGAGAGAAAAACCCCUGCAAUGAGCUCAAAUCCCUUCCCAGGGCAAACUAUUGUUCCAAAUUUUCUACAAUAUAUUGGUGGGGGUGAGAGCCCUAUCUAACCCCUUUAUCCCAGCUGCAAACAUCACAAGGAAAAACUCUUUGGUCUGGGGGACUAAUCUCCCUCCCCACCCAGAAGUCAGUGGGGAAAUUGCCAUUGAAGUCAGUGGAGUAGGACUGGGCUUUGGGCGGAGAAUUGCAGAGGUACUUAAACGCCCCUUUUGCUCCUUUGGGAGUUCCAGCUGUGAUAGUCACAGAAGCCUGUUGUAUACAUUGGUUUGCUGGGGAAGGGAAUAGUUAGAACCAACUUAAUCCAUACUGAAUGCACAGGACAGUAGUAGUGAAAGUAACAGAUGCCUCCUCAAUGGAAACCUUGCUACUCUUCCCUAAAAAGUCUUUCAGAUCCAACCCUUGCUGUGUUACACCCCUAGAUGUUGGUACCAUUAUGUUUCUCUUGACUCAGGAAGGCCCAUGGAUUUAACCCUUGGAAGUGAAAAUACUUGUAUGAUCAUUGGUUGCCUACAGUGCAAAGUGUAACCCAAAGGGGACAUAUGACUGACGCGAAAGCCUGGUGCGGAGAUUACAUGGAUUCCAGGAAUAACAGGAGGGAGUGGUGUGGGAAGUUCCAGGCAAAGAGAAAACAGCAGCAUAUUUCAAAUGCAGCCUGGCUCUGUUCUGUUUUGCAGCAGCCUGGUGUCUAUGCUACAACUGUACAACCUGCUGGAGUUGUUAUUGGAACGUUUUUGUAGCGGGGUAUGUAAUCCCUGCCUCAGAUGCGAUGUAAAUACCAGACUGUGAAAUAUUAAAUUCAUUUUAAUCUCUGCAAAA